UAUUAAACAAUAUAAUAUGUAUUAUCGCAAACGGACAUGUGUUUUUCGUUAUCAAUGCAAUGGAACGCAGAUGGCAAUGAGUGAAAUAUCGAAAAAGGAUGUUUUGCAGCAGAACACGAUCAUUCGAUCCCAGUACACGACGUAUACGGUGCACAAAAUGAUCGGCACCGGUCGUUUUUCGCGCGUCUACAACGCGUCUGUGGUGGGCACGGGCACAGAGGUGGUGAUCAAAGCACUGAACAACUCGUGUUCCAGUAAAAAGUUCAACCGAAAACUAUACCUCAAGGAGUUGGACUUGUUGAACAGGCUUAAGUUCAGUCGAACGCGGGCCCGGUACGUUCAAGUUACAGACGCGGUUCAACUCCAAUCAGGAAAGAUAUGUUUUGUUAUGGAGAGACUGAGUACCACCCUGCAGGCCGUAUUGCACAACAUCGGUCCGCUGCCAAUAUCCAUAUGUCGACCAAUCGUCAGACAGAUCGCACAAGGCUUGGCGGGUUUGAAGUGUUUGGGGAUCGUGCACGCCGACCUCAAGCCCGACAAUAUAAUGUUCUGUUCCGAGAUCGGGAACAAUCUUUUGGUGAAGAUCAUCGAUUUCGGCUGGGCGUUCGACAUGAAAAACGUACAUACCAUGUAUCACAAAAAAAUCCAGGCGAUCCCAUACCGCGCACCCGAAGUGUGCUUCCAAGGUAGUUUGGACCACGGUCUAGAUAUGUGGGCGUUGGGAUGUAUCAUGCCCGAAAUUGUUACCGGUGUCAAGCUGUUCGACGUGUCCGAAGAGGAGCUGUUAAUCAAAAUGAUAAUACGCACGUUAUCCGUGCCCAAGUCCUUUAUAUCACAUUUACAAACAGAUAUCCAGGAAACAAAACUAACUCUCGGAUGGAUUCAGUUUCAGAAUUUGCAUACUGACAUGAUUAGGCAACGCGAUAAGCAAUGGUGUGAGGAUAUCACAUGGUUCGUAGACUUGGUGUAUAAAAUGCUAAUGGUUAUGCCAGAAAUGCGUAUAACAGCAGCCGAAGCACUCGCACAUCCGUUUCUGACGAUCAUGCAUUUCAUCAAAUACCCAAGCACAGCGAUGACCAAGAAAAACACUGAAUUGAUGGCAAAAUGUGUGUUGGAUAUCUGAAUCGACAUCAACUCCAAUGUAUUUUUUAUCCCGUCUCUUUUGACCCAAUAUCGCGCUAAACUGACCACCGAUAAGCGCCAUUGGAGAAAGCUGUUUUUUUUUUUUUUAAUUAUUAUAUAUUUAUUGCAUAAUAUUACGAUACCGU